CGCGAAGACCAGGAAACCAAAGGAGUCCGUACAGGAUUUGUGUCCAACUCGAAACGCCUUCUUAAGUUCAUUCUGAAGCUGCACAAUGAAGAGACAGCAUAAUGUUGCGAAGAACCUGGCUCUGCUAUUUGAGUUUAGUGAUGAAGAAAGUGACGUGACCCCACAAACGACAAGUGAUGGAGUUAUGAAAGAGGAAAGAGACACAACCCUACGUAAGACAAGUGAUAAAGUGAUGGAAGAGGAAAGAGACAGGACUCUUCAUACGAUGAGAGAUGGAGGGAUGAAAGUGGAAAGAAAUGUAACCCUACAUAUGACAUGUGAUGAAGAGAUGGUAGAGGAAACAAACGAGACUCUUUAUAUGAUGAGUUAUGGAGGGAUGAAAGUAGAAAGGGAUGAGACCCUACAUGUAACAAGUGAUGGAGGGAUGAAAGUGGAAAGAGACGUAACUCAACAUAUGACAACUGAUGCAGGGAUAGAAGAGGAAAGAGACGCAACCUUACGUAUGACAAGUGAUGGAGGGAUGGAAGAGGAAAGAGACGCAAAUCUACAUACGACAAGUGAUGGAGGAAUGGAAGAGGAAAGAGACUCAACCCUAGAUACAACAAGUGAUGGAGGGAUGGAAGAGGAAAGAGACGUGGCCCAACAUACGACAAGUGAUGGCAGGAUGGAAGAAAAAAAAUAUGUGACCCUACGUACGACAAGUACUGAAUGGAUAGAAGAGGAAAGGGAUCUGGAUGGAGACGCAGAGCUGGAGGUGGAGCUCUCUGAUGAAGCUUCUGAAACAGAGGACAAUAUGGAGUUUGACCCAGACUACCACUCUACUGAUGGAGAAGAGUCAGAGGAAGAGUCAGAGGUCACUGCUGACACAGAGACGGCUUAUCAGUCUAAAAACGGAAACAUAUCGUGGACUUCAAAAACUCCUCAGAGACAACGAGGGAGAUUUCCAGCUCAUCGUAUCAUCAGAAUGACCCCUGGACCAACCAGGUUGGCAUGUGCCAAUGCUAAAGACAUAAGAUCAACCUUUGAAUUGUUUUUCCCAGAUGAUAUUAGACAGAUUUUGAUUGAAAUGACCAAUUUAGAGGGGAAAUGCGUGUUUGGUGAUACCUGGAAGAACCUGGACUGGACAGACUUACAGGCCUUUCUUGGUCUGUUGAUUCUGGCAGGCGUGUAUCGAUCCCACCAUGAGGCCAUGGAUUGCUUAUGGCACGCUGAGUCGGGAAGGCCAAUUUUUCGUGCUACCAUGUCACUGAAAAGUUUUAAGAGUUUGUCAAGGGUCUUCUUCUUUUACAAAAAGGACAAAAGGUAUAGCCAACAGAAAAAAGACAAGCUGGCACCAGUAAGGAACAUCUGGGAUAAAUGGGUCCAACGACUGCGACUCUUAUACAAUCCAGGCCCAAACGUCACUGUGGACAAGUGCCUGGUCCGUUUCAGAGGUCGCUGUCCCUUCAAACAAUACAUGCCGAGUAAACCGGGCAAGUAUGGAAUUAAAAUCUGGGCGGCAUGCGAUGCCAGAUCGAGCUACGCGUGGAACCUGCAGAUCUACACUGGCAAAGCUGUCGACGGCAAGUCAGAAAAGAACCAGGGAAUGCAAGUGGUCUUGGACAUGACAGACGGUCUAGAAGGACACACCAUCACGUGUGACAACUUCUUCACCUCGUACGCCCUCGGCCAGGAGCUGCUCCAAAGGAAAAUGACCAUGAUUGGAACUGUCAGAUCAAACAAGCCUGAGCUCCCACCUGCGCUCCUGUCAAUGAAGGACAGGGCACCAUUAUCAUCCAUGUUCGCCUUCACUGAUACGCACACUCUUGUGUCCUACUGUCCCAGAAAAAAUACAAAUGUGCUUUUGAUGAGCACUUUCCACAGAGAUGACAAAGUAAGCGACAAAGACCACAAGAAGCCAGAGAUAAUCCUAGACUACAACCAUACCAAAGGCGGAGUUGACAACCUUGACAAGCUUGUUGCCACUUACACCUGCCAAAGGAAGACCACACGUUGGCCCAUGGUGAUUUUCUUCAACAUGUUGGAUGUCUCUGCCUACAAUGCAUUUGUGCUGUGGAUGGAAAUAAAUCAUUCAUGGAACAAAGGGAAGAAAUAUAGAAGGAGGCUCUUUCUGGAAGAGCUAGGGAAAGCUCUGGUGGCUCCUCUCAUGAAAAGACGGGAAAAUAUUCCCCGCACUCCAGCCUCUCAGAAUAUGGUGAUGGAAGCACAAGCAAGCUCUUCGCCAGUCAAAGCCACUCAUCUCGCACCAGUAACCCCAGCCAAGAGGAAAAGGUGUCAGGUCUGUGACCGAAAGAAGGACACAAAAACAAGUUUGACGUGCAGUGAGUGUAACAAAUACAUUUGCGGGUCACACGCUGUUAUGACUGCUCAGUGCCCAGAAUGCAGCAAGAAGGUUUAAACAAGAUUUAACCACUGCUUAUGUACUGUUUGUUACUUGGUUUUAUGACUAAAACCAAUCUUUUCUUUUUGUUUUCUUUACUAACUUGUUUACCAUUGCAAAAUGUGUAAUCUGUUUAUUGCCCCUUGUUUCGUUGACUUUUUUUUAUUAGUUUACUGCAUUAGAGUUACUAAGUAUUCAUGUUUUAAAUAAAUG